UGUGUUGAGUUUAGCGCCAUCUAUCUGUAUCUAUAAUAACUGCCUAUGUGGUGGCGGGAAUUAUCGUACACCUCGUCCUCAGGCAAUGUGCAGGAGCUGAGGGAGUUGGUGCUGGGAGGGUACGAUCAGCUGUUUGAGGUCGUGGACUCGGCCGGGCGGAACCUGAUGGAGAUCGCCCACUUGUACGGCCAGGAGAUGAUCGUCCACUUCCUGAGCGAGGCCAUGAACUUCGUGGACAAGCGAGAGUGGUUGCACAAGGCCAUACGCGUGGGGUCGCUUCCUCACGUGCAGUACAUCGCGGACACCGAGGACGUGGCCGUGGCGAAGGACUCCAAGGGUCGCACAUCACUGCACUUGGCAACACUGUGCGAGGAGACGGAGAUCAUGAAGUUCCUCGCGGCCCAGUACCCGAGGCUGCUCAUGAUUGGCGAUAAUCUGGAGCGCACGCCCUUGCACUACGCCAUGGCGGUGGAAGGCGUGGAUCGUGUGGCCAAGGUGCUGGUGCAGGCGGGGGCGCGGCGGGCCAUGAGGGACCUGCGGGGGCGCACUCCCUCCUCUCUCUUCAUCCGCCCGAAGGAAGUGAGAGAUAUGCAGGAGGAGGACCCCCCGCCUCCUCGCCCCUCCUCCUACCCCCUCCCCCAUCUCCCUGACCUCCCCGCCAACCUUCCCCCUCCCACCCCACCACCUGGUCUGAAGGCUGGUCUCUCCACUGUUUCUCCUCCACCUUAAAAAUCUCUCCAUUUCUCCAUCUUUUAUCUCUAUCUUCCCUUUCCUCUUACCUCCCUCUUUCCUUCUUCAUUAUCUUCCCCAUCUUCCUUCCCUCUCUUCUCCUCCCUUUCCUAAUCUAUCUAUUUAUCCAUCAAUCUACCUUACUACUACUACUACCUACUACUACUACUACUACUACUACUAUUACUAUUACUAUUACUACUACUACUACUACUACUUUACCUACCUUCAUCUCCUACCUUACUCCUACCUAACCUUUCCUACCCUUCCUUACCCACCUCUUCACCUUAUCCCUACCCCCCUCCCCAUACCCACCCCCAACCCAUACCCUCAACAACAUCAACAACAACAAGAACAGGUUAACAGCAGCAGCAGGAACAGGAACAGCAUCAACAAUACAACAACAACAACAACAACAACAACGCGCGAGAAGCUCCCCAGUUACUACUUCAUGAACCGGGAGGAGGUGGUGACCAUGAUCAAGGAGGUGACGGUGGAGGAGCCCGUGGCGUGAGGGAGGGUGAGGGCAGAUGGCCGCUAACGCAUGCUUCGGUGAUACCCAUACUACCAUUCCUCCUUCUUCCUCGCCUCCACAGGGAUAUAUACUUCUCUAUAGCCUAUUAUACCAGUUACAGGAGGAUCAAGGUCACCUCCUUAAGUCUGUGUUAAUAGUAUGAGUAAAAAAUAAAUGGCGGCGGAGGUUGUUUCUGCCUCUCCCCGUCAGAUGGCGCGCCGGUCGUAAACAGCCAGAUUCUAGCUUAUAUUUUAGACCCCAAAAAGUAGGUUUCGCAUAUUUUUGUAACUCCUAGGUCAUUGGGUCAGCUGGUGAGCCCUUCUCGCGCGUGUGGGUCAGCCUGCACGCUGCCUUCCUGCCCCAGGGGACUAAUGUAUGUAUGUACCUGAUGCAGCUGACCGGCCCUGAGCGGGACAGCUGACAAGCAAAACGAGUGUUGGAAAGUCUA